AUGAAGCUCAGCAUAGCUCUCGCAGUACUCGCAACGGCGGUUGCCGAGGCGCACUACACAUUCCCCAGCGUUGCCACGACGGGCGACUGGCAGUAUGUGCGGACGACGGCCAACUUCCAGAGCAACGGGCCCGUGACCAACGUGCAGUCGGAGGACAUACGGUGCUACGAGCGCAACCCGGGGACGGGCGCGCCCAACAUCCUGACCGUCACGGCCGGACAGACCAUCGCGUACAACGCCAAGGCGUCCAUCUCGCACCCCGGGCCCAUGAGCUUCUACAUCGCCAAGGUGCCCGAGGGCCAGACGGCCGCCACGUGGGACGGCAAGGGCAAGGUCUGGUCCAAGAUCUACCAGGACCACCCCAGCAUCGCCGCCGGCAUGAGCUGGCCGUCUCAGGGCGCCAAAUCCGUCUCCGUCACCAUCCCCAAGUGCCUCGCCAACGGCGAGUACCUGCUGCGCGCAGAGCACAUCGGUCUGCACAGCGCCGGCAGCUCCGGUGGGGCCCAGUUCUACAUCUCGUGCGCCCAGCUCAGCGUCACCGGCGGCUCCGGCACCUACAGCCCCAAGAGCCUCGUCUCGUUCCCCGGCGCCUAUGCCGCGUCAGACCCCGGCAUUCUUAUUAACAUUUAUUACCCCGUGCCCAAGUCGUACACCCCGCCCGGCCCCGCGGCCGAGACAUGUUGA